AUUUGCUGUUAGACAUGGAGUACGUCUGUACACGUUCGGCAGGUUGAGAUCUAAAGAUUAAACGUUAUUUAACGUUGAAAAAUAAAGUGAAAAAUGUUCGGCUAUUUGUGAUGGUUUGGAGAUGUUACUUUAAAGAGGUUUACAAUUUAAAAAUAUGGUGCAAUUUAUUUAUUUAAGUGUUAUGGAUAUCGGUAUUUGCCUUUUUCUUCUGUUAGUAGCAUUCUGAAAUGUUGUACAAAAUGUUUUAAUUACGGACAUCCAAGAAUGAAACAUAAAUAGCAAUUGAUUUAUGUCUGGUGUAUUUUAUCGAAAUAAUUUCGUUGUCAAAUAAGCUCGUGUUUCUUACAAUGAAAGCUCUUCCGUUCUUAUCGGGCAAUUUAGUGUCAAUAAAGUAACGUAAAUUUUUAAUGUUUAACAUGAACAUUGCUGGAUUAAAAAAAAUCUUACACUUAAGGUUAUGCAAAUCGCCUAUUGUGUUUCAAGUGCUAACAUCUGCAAGGUGUAACGUUCAGAAAGUUCAAUGAAGUGUAUUGCAAAUAAUAGGCUAUGUGGUUCGCAAUUUAAUCAGCAAUAAAUAAAACAUUGUUCGCUUGCAUUCAUUACAAGGAAGUGGGACAUUGACACUGCGUUAAGUGACACUCUGGGAUGCGACAGUGAGUAAAAUGGCUAGUCAAUAGGACAUUAAUCUGGUGGGAAAAUAAAGUGUAAUGUCAAUCACCAGUGUAUAAAUUAUGCUGUUGCACACUCUAAAGUGUACCCAUGUGAAACGAGCAUAAAUAACUGGAACUAAUUUAUAUAUACUGCUUUUCUACUUCGGAUAUUUCAUUGCUCGUUUGGCUAUUUGUGGCUAUUUGUGUCGAGAUAAGUUAAAAUACAUUCCCAGUUAUUCUAUUUUGAUAGUUGAAUGUCUUUCGAGGGCUGUAUAUAUAUGCUCUAUAUUCUGUGCGCAUCAAAACUAUUAACUUUAACAUCCAGGCUUGUUUCAUUGAUUUAGUUAUGUGUUGCUUUCACGUGGAUUGGAUUACUUCACUGAAUGAUCUUCUAAACAAGCAAGCGAAGUCCAUAGGAUAUUAAACUCAAUAUAAAAUAAACACAGGAGCAGAGUGCAUGUCAUUUUAACGCGAAUUUACAGAGGACGCUCACCCAAGAUAAAACACAAUUCUUAAAUAUUUUAACACAACUUAAUUUUCGUCGACAUGGAUUAUAUUAUAGAGUAAAACGAAGCAACGCCAUAACAGGCAACUAUAAAACGAUUUUGAAGAUAAAUAAAGUUGUUCUUUAAACGAUUAAGUCAGGUCAAAGGAACGAUUAUUGGAGUGUCAUUGAGUUGUCAUAACUGUGGAAGACUACGUAUUAUAAAGAGGUUGCUAAAUGAAAGAACAGGACAUGACUUCUAAUGGUGGAAAAAACAAGGCGGUGGAAAGUAAAAUAUGUAUCCUAGGGGGCCCCGGGGUGGGGAAAUCAGCUCUUGUAGUUCGGUUUCUCACGAGGCGAUUUAUCUGGGAGUACGACCCAACUCUUGAAUGCACAUACAAACACCAGACGACAAUCGACGACGAGCCCGUUGCUUUGGAGAUAUUGGACACCGCGGGGCAGGAAUGGACACUUCACAGAGAGGGUCACGUGCGAUGGGCUGACGGAUUCGUGCUGGUAUACGCCGUUAACGACAGGAACAGCUUUGAAGAAGUAGCAAACAUUAAACAGAGCUUGGAUGAAAUAAAAAAGACUAAUGUACAAUGCGUUCUCGUUGGUAAUAAAAUUGACCUUCUUCACGAGGUGCGCGUGCCAUACACAGAAGGUGAAAGAUUAGCGAAUGACUGGGCAUGCGCGUUUUUUGAGACUUCGGCUUCCGAUGGAGGAGACGAAAUUUACGAACUUUUCCACGAACUUCAUCGAGAAAUUCGCCGACGUAAAUUGUUAGAAACUAAACCAAGACGACGAAGCUCCGCCCAUCAAAUGAGAAAUGUUUUUACUAAAAUGUUUAAGACUCAAACUAGCAAAGUUUCGAGCCCUAGCUAAAACGGGUCUAGUGUCACCUGAAUGGAAGAAAUAUCAUUUUAAACAUUUUAAAUUGUUUAUUUACAACGUGUUGGUGAAUGCAUUUAACUAAGUUGUGUCAGAUAUGAUUCUACAUUAAAAAAGAAUGCACAUUC